CGAAGAUGACAAAAUUUUGAUCUAAAUUAUUCGUUUCAAUCUCGAAGCUGUAUCGACGCUCUUUAUUAUGAUGUAGAACAUAAACCAUUGAACUGAUUCGGAAGGUGGGAAUUGAUAAGAAGCAAGAAGCAAGUGGAAGUACAAGUGUCUGCAAAUAUGGUGCAAAACAUCUUCGAGACGAUGAAAUAACUUCUCAGAGUCCAAUGCAGUCUCCAUCAUUAGCAAUUGUGAAGUUUUUGGUUAAAUAUUGUGGUGCUGACUUAAGUUGUAAAGAUGAGUUGGGCAAAACUGCUUUACAUCAUGCUGUUGAUGUUGGUGAAAUAGACAUUGUCAAAUAUUUUGUUGAACAAUGUGGCGCUGAUGUAAAUGACAAGGAUAAAUUAGGGUGGACAGCGCUCAACUAUGCUGUUUCUAAAGGUACGCUAGAAAUGGUCAAAUGUCUUGUUGAAAACGGCGCUGAUGUAAAUUAUAAGAGUACAUACGGAUGGACAGUGCUUCACGAUGCUGUUACUAAAGGUACACUAGAAAUGGUAAAAUAUCUUGUUGAAAACGGCGCUGAUGUAAACAGGAAGAAAAUUAACGGGGAGACAGUGCUGUACGCUGCUGUUAGUGAAAAUAGACUAGAAAUGGUCAAAUAUUUUGUUGAAAAGGGUGCUGAUGUAAAUGGCAAAGAUAUUUACGGAAAGACAGUGCUGCACUCUGCUGUAAGUGAAAGUAGACUAGAAAUGGUCAAAUAUCUUGUCGAAAAAGGCGCUGAUGUAAAUGGCAAAGAUAUUUACAGAGAGACAGUGCUGCACUCUGCUGUAACUCAAGGUUCGCUAGAAAUGGUAAAAUAUCUCGUUGAAAACAGGGCUGAUGUAAAUAGUGGAAAAAGUAACCGGUGGACAGUGCUGCACUCUGCCGUUACGGAAGGUACCCUAGAAAUGGUGAAAUAUCUUAUUGAAAACGGCGCUGAUGUAAAUGGUAAGAUGACUAACGGGUGGACAGUGCUGCACGCUGCCGUUACUAGAGGUAAGCUGGAAAUAGUAAAAUACCUUGUUGAAAAACGCGCCGAUCAUGGCGCUGAUGUAAAUCGCCAGAAAACAAAGGGGUUGACAGUGCUGCACAAAGCUGUUACUGGAAGAAGCCUAGAAAUAGUUAAAUAUCUUGUUAAAAAUGGCGCUAAUGUAAAUUGUACGGAUACUCGUGGAUGGACAGUGCUGCACACUGCUGUUACCAAAGGUACACAAGAAAAAGUGAAAUAUCUUGUUGAACAUGGCGCUGAUGUAAAUGGAAAGAAUGCUGACGGAUGGACAGUGCUGCGCUAUGCUGUUAUUAAAGGUAAGCUAGAAAUGGUAAAAUAUCUUGUUCAAAAUGGAGCUGAUGUAAAUGGAAAAGAUACUGACGGAUCGACAGUGCUGCACACUGCUGUUACUGAAGGUAGGCUAGAAAUAGUAAAAUGUCUUGUUGAACAAGGCGCUGACAUAACUGUUAAAAGUAAAAUCAGCGUUCAUACUCUUGGCAUUAACAUCCUGAACAUAGCUGUUGAGAAAAAUUCAGUUGCUUUGGUCAAUCUUCUGUUGGAAAAGAACAUCGCUGUGUGGAGAGCUGGAACAUUUCUUGUUGAAGGAAGACAAAUGAGUCUUCUUGAAUGGAGUAUUCACCUUGGUCAUGAUGAAAUUACAACUAUCCUCAAAAGAUCCAUAAAUCAUCGUGAGAAGAUUCAGAUGUUGAAAACAAUGAAUUGCAACCAGUUAGCAGAGACUGAAACACCGAUGCAGGCUUUUGUCGCAGACAAUAAAUUCAAAAUUGGUGCUGGUGGUUUUUCUUGUGUCUAUGUUGGUCUCAUGAAGGAUGGAAAUGAAGUUGCUGUUAAGAGAAUUUUGGUGCAAAGUGAGGAUGAAACAGUUGAAAACGAAAAGGAAAUCAUGAGUCUUAUUGAAAAAAACUCUCCAUUUAUAGUGAAAUAUCGACAUUUUCACCGUGACAAUACCUUCAUGUAUCUUAUUGUUGAUCUUUGCGAAGAAACCUUGAGGGAACUUGUUCAUGCAUGUAGUAUUGAACAUUUACAAAGGCAAAGUCCACGAAUGAUUAGGGAAAUUCUAUCAGGACUUGAAUUUCUUCAUGGUAAAGGAAUAUUGCACAGAGAUCUAAAACCAUCAAACGUCCUGGUUGAUAUCGAAGGCCGCAUGAAAUUGGCAGAUUUUGGGAUAAGCCGCGUUCUAAAAGACGAUGAAACGACAGUUGAAACAGAUGCUAAAGGUACUCGUGGAUGGAUGCCACCGGAAGUAAUUAAGGCAAUAGUUAAAAAAGAAAAAGGUCGUUUUAAAAAGAAAUCAGAUGUCCAUGUCGCGGGUAUGAUUGCUUUUUACGUGUUAAGCAAAGGUGAGCAUCCUUUUGGAUCUGCAUUAGAUCGAAUGAAAAACAUUUUAGAGGAUAAUCCUGUCAAUUUGGAGAAACUUGGUGACCGCGAAGCUCGUAGGUUUGUGUCGUGGCUGAUUAAUCACAAGAUUGAUGAUAGACCUUACGCUCACGAAGGACUGAGGGAUCCUUUACUUAUUAUCAAUCACCACAAGAAACACAGCGGGCAAUACCACCGCAAACUACGAAGUUUGUUUGACCCGAUUAAUCUUUGAAGGGAAAAGUUGGAACAACAAAAAUGGAGUGCGACAGAACCAAUAGUAUGUAGUGACAUUAUAGAGAUUUGUAUUUCGUAGAACGUCGGUAGCAACUUUGAUUGUAGCAUCAUUUACAGUUUCGGAAGUCGCCGUGUAUUCGCGACACUUUCUCAUCCUUUCGUCAAAAUCGAUAACAUGUUGAAUAUUGUUUAAGGUAUUUUAAAAAUUUGCGAGGUUGUUUUAUCCAGGUGAUUCUCAAUCCAAUGUCAAUCAGCGUGACAAUAGUUUAGCAGAAUGCGCUGUAGUUCUCAUCCAUAAAUUGAAUUUAGCUCCCGUUGCGCAUUCUAAAUUUUUUACACUUAAAAUAUUCUUGUUAUAAAGACCUUUUUACACAACGUGUUGUUGG